GCAGAGUUCCACCCAAAAGGGUACAUUCCACUUUAAUGCUUCGUCCCCAGCUCUCCAUUAAUUAUUGGCACCUUUUGGGAAGCAGGAACCUGAAUUUGACAGGUACCCGCUCCCACUGCACUCGCCUCUGGCCUAGACGAUCUGAAGCAGAAGUUGUCCCUCCCCAUAGUUUUCAGGGACACAUGACAAGUCCCAGAAGACUACAGGGCCAUUCACAAAGCGCAGCGCUGCAUGCACAGUGGGCACCCGGUUGUGAAGCCACAAGCUGUCACAGCCGGGUGCCCACACUUAAGAUG